CCUCCCCGUCCAGUCCAGUCCAGUCCAGUCCCGCCGGGUCCGCCCGCCACCGCCGCCGCGAUGGCCAAGCCGCUGACGGACCAGGAGAAGCGGCGGCAGAUCAGCAUCCGCGGCAUCGUGGGCGUGGAGAACGUGGCGGAGCUCAAGAAGGGCUUCAACCGGCACCUGCACUUCACGCUGGUCAAGGACCGCAACGUGGCCACUCCCCGCGACUACUUCUUCGCGCUGGCGCACACGGUGCGCGACCACCUGGUGGGCCGCUGGAUCCGCACGCAGCAGUACUACUACGAGCGGUGCCCCAAGAGGGUUUAUUACCUCUCUUUAGAAUUUUACAUGGGCCGAACCCUGCAGAACACCAUGAUCAACCUUGGCCUGCAGAAUGCCUGUGACGAGGCCAUUUACCAGCUCGGAUUGGACAUGGAGGAAUUAGAAGAAAUUGAAGAAGAUGCCGGGCUCGGCAACGGAGGUCUUGGGAGGCUUGCUGCCUGCUUCUUGGAUUCCAUGGCGACCCUGGGGCUGGCAGCCUAUGGAUACGGCAUCCGGUACGAAUAUGGCAUCUUCAAUCAGAAGAUCCGAGACGGGUGGCAGGUAGAAGAGGCAGACGAUUGGCUCAGGCAUGGGAACCCCUGGGAGAAGGCUCGCCCUGAGUUCAUGCUGCCCGUGCACUUCUACGGAAAAGUGGACCACACUGAGGCCGGGACUAAGUGGAUCGACACACAGGUGGUUCUGGCCCUGCCAUAUGACACCCCGGUGCCUGGGUACAUGAAUAACACAGUCAACACCAUGCGCCUCUGGUCCGCUCGGGCGCCGAAUGACUUCAACCUCAGAGACUUUAACGUUGGAGACUACAUCCAGGCUGUGCUGGACCGAAAUCUGGCCGAGAACAUCUCCCGGGUCCUCUACCCCAACGAUAACUUUUUUGAAGGCAAGGAGCUGAGAUUGAAGCAGGAGUAUUUUGUGGUGGCUGCUACCUUGCAAGAUAUCAUCCGACGUUUCAAAGCCUGCAAGUUUGGCUCCUCCGAGAAAGUCAAGACUACAUUUGAUGCCUUUCCAGAUCAGGUUGCCAUCCAGCUGAAUGACACUCACCCUGCACUUGCCAUCCCUGAGCUGAUGAGGAUUUUUGUGGAUAUUGAAAAAUUGCCCUGGUCCAAGGCGUGGGAGCUCACCCAGAAGACCUUUGCGUACACCAACCACACCGUGCUGCCAGAGGCCCUGGAGCGCUGGCCCGUGGAGCUGGUGGAGAAGUUGCUUCCUCGACAUUUGCAGAUCAUUUAUGAGAUCAAUCAGAAGCACUUGGAUAGGAUUGCAGCCUUGUUUCCUAAGGAUGUGGACCGUCUGAGAAGGAUGUCUCUGAUAGAAGAGGAAGGAGGCAAAAGGAUCAACAUGGCCCAUCUCUGCAUCGUGGGCUCCCAUGCUGUGAACGGCGUGGCUAAAAUCCACUCAGACAUCGUGAAGACCCAAGUGUUCAAGGACUUCAGUGAGCUGGAACCAGACAAGUUUCAGAAUAAAACCAAUGGGAUCACGCCAAGGCGCUGGCUCCUGCUCUGCAACCCUGGGCUCGCGGAGUUAAUAGCGGAGAAAAUUGGAGAAGACUACGUGAAGGAUUUGAGCCAGCUGACCAGGCUGCACGGCUUCCUGGGUGAUGACGUCUUCCUCCGGGAAAUCGCCAACGUGAAGCAGGAGAACAAGCUGAAGUUUUCUCAGUUCCUGGAGAAGGAGUACAAAAUGAAGAUCAACCCCUCCUCCAUGUUCGACGUGCACGUGAAGAGGAUCCACGAGUACAAGCGGCAGCUCUUGAAUUGCCUGCAUGUGGUCACCAUGUACAACCGCAUUAAGAAAGACCCUAAGAAGUUAUUCGUGCCCAGAACGGUUAUAAUUGGUGGGAAAGCUGCCCCAGGAUAUCACAUGGCCAAGAUGAUCAUAAAGCUGAUCACUUCAGUGGCAGAUGUGGUGAACAAUGACCCAGUGGUUGGAAGCAAGUUGAAACUCAUCUUCUUGGAGAACUACAGAGUGUCUCUUGCUGAAAAAGUCAUCCCAGCCACAGAUCUGUCGCAGCAGAUUUCCACUGCAGGCACCGAAGCCUCGGGGACAGGCAACAUGAAGUUCAUGCUGAAUGGGGCCCUGACCAUCGGGACCAUGGAUGGGGCCAACGUGGAAAUGGCAGAGGAAGCGGGGGAAGAGAACCUGUUCAUCUUUGGCAUGAGAGUAGCUGAUGUGGCUGCUUUGGACAAGAAAGGGUAUCAGGCAAAGGAAUAUUACGAGGCACUUCCGGAGCUGAGGCUGGCCAUUGAUCAAAUUGACAACGGCUUCUUUUCUCCCAAGCAGCCUGACCUCUUCAAAGACUUAAUCAACAUGCUCUUUUAUCAUGACAGGUUUAAAGUCUUUGCAGACUAUGAAGCCUACGUCAAGUGUCAAGAAAAAGUCAGCCAGCUGUACAUGGGUGUGUGGCCAUUGGGCAAGCCUCCACUCCACUUCCCUCAGCCCUGAGUGAAGGCGAUGAUGCCAGACUCACUGAGCUGUUGUGAGGACUUAAAGGGGGAGAGUGUGAAGGUUCCAGGUGGAAGCCCUGGUUCUCAGGACCUUAACACAACUGCCCCACUCCGGCCACGGGCCGUGGCUCACAUCCUCGCCUCCUCUCAGUCUUACCUGACUGCUCUCCUGCAUCUACAGUCUCUCUGUACGUCUCCACUGACCACACCGGCAUACAAGACCUCUCUUCCUAAAUUCUGCCCACCCUGAAAUUAUAGUCCUGGGUCCUCCCUAACACUUCUCUUCAUCCGCUUGGUGGCAGGAAGAGUGAGGAAGGGACAAGGGUUGGUUGACUGCCCACCAGCAGCUGGUGCUUUGCAUAGACCACUCUACUUAAUUUAAUCUUCACAACAGCCCUGUGCAGUAGGCAGUAUGCAUCAACCCCAUCCUAAAAAUAGGAGGACUCAGAGAAGGGAAGUAACUCACCAAGGUCUUAACUGGUUAGUGGCAGAGGCCAAAUUUGAACCCAGAUCCGUCUGGCUCCACAGCCAAGGUCAUUGUCCAUGUGUCAUGCUGCCUUCCUGUUCUGAGCAAAGAAACUGAUCCUAAAGUGA